AUGAAUACCAUAAUAGAAAAAUUCAAUAGUGAAUGCACUACUUAUUUAAAUACCGAGUUAAAUACUCGUCUACUUGCAUUAUCAUUGACAUCAAUCGAUAAAACAACAUCAGAACAUUAUCUAAAUGAAUACAAGCAAUGCUUAGAUGAACAAAUGAAUUUUGUCAAUUAUAUUAAUGAGCAAAUGGAAUCAUUGAAUCAAUUGAAAUCAUGUGAUACUGCUAUUGAUACGUUUCUUGAGCGUUUGAAAGCUAUACAUGAAUAUGAAUUGAAACAAAAUGAAAUUUUUGAACAAAUUUUAAAUGAAUUAACAAAAAUAAAUCCAUCGAGUAAAGAAGAACGUCAACGACUUCUAGAACAAAUCGAUGAACUUAUUGCUUGUAAAACAAAAUUAACCAAUGUGGACAGCAAUGAAAAGUCAACAACAAAUAAAUUACAACCCAAUUCAAGUGAUACAUUCAAAAUUAUUUUAUAA